CGUGUUCAAUCACAUGACCCCCAUGUCUUCGCAACUUGUACAGCUAGCUAGCUAAUGUUUUCUUUUUUGUUGUUGUUGUUAUUUUGUUCUUUUCCGCAGCUGUAUGAUGGCUAGCUGAGGAUUUUAUAUGACAUUUUCUCAUCUCAGGUGAUAUGUCAGGUGAAAUUCAGCACCAUGUCUGUGGAUGGCUCCCGGACGUCAGUGUUUACCUUCCAGUCAGCUGUACACAGUAUGCAUGUCCUCCGCUGCCUGCAUGAGCAAAGGCAGAAGGACAUCUUGUGUGAUGUGACCGUGGAAGUGGAGAGCAGGAGCUUUCGAGCCCACUGCUCAGUACUGGCAUGCUGCAGCUCCUAUUUUUACACCAGACUCCUAAACCACACGGGAUGGAACUCGGUCAUCACUCUGCCUGAGGAAGUCACAGUAGAGGGCUUUGUGCCUUUGCUGCAGUUUGCCUACACUGCAAAACUUCACUUCACCAAAGAAAACAUCCUGGAAAUUCACAGAUGUGCUGAGCUAUUGGGAUUUCACAAUCUUGACAAAGCGUGCUUUGAGUUCCUCAUUCCCAAGUUCUCUGAUGGCAGCGAAACGUCUCAGGAAGCCAAGAGGAAGAGCAAAAACAGCAGCCAGAGCAGAAACAGCAAUGAUGAAUCGCCAGCUGCUAACACAGCCUGCGACAGUAGCGACGAACAAUGCACUAACACUGAAGAAGAUGGGGUAGCUCUGGGUUCUGGAGCUCAGGCAGUACAGAAUGUACCACCUAGCGAUAUAGUGUGUCCUAAUGAAAGUCCUUCUGUCACCUCUGAUAAGAAUGUUUUAGAUUUACCUUCAGUCUCAUUCCAGUCUGCUACUGACCACCAAGCAGAACUGUGUUUACAGAACUGUGGGCCACAGCUGGUGCCAUCUUCAUCCAUACCUACCGCUGAAGUGUGUCCUUUUCUUUCAAUGCCAUGUAGCAGUGAGAGUGACAAUGUGCAUCCUGUCACAGCUGGCUGUGAUGGUGGCAUUUUGAAUAGACUGGCAAUGGAGGAUGUUCAAGGUGAAUGUCUAAACAUGCCAAACGUUGCUGAAGGCCAAAUUGAGCAGCCUGUAAGAGAUUUAGAGCCAACGUCGGACUGCAGCCAGUUGUGUCCCCUGUCCUCCAGGGAAACAAGUGAAGUCUUGGACAGCAUCGCAUCAGUGAGCAACUUGGAGAGCAUCGAGAGCAUCAACACAGAGACAUUUGACUCCCCUGAGCAAAUAUUCCCUAACCCAGGACACAGUGAUGGCUCCACUGAGAGAAGCACAGUGGAAAGGGAGGUGGCUGAGCAUCUGGCGAAAGGGUUCUGGCCAGACAUGAGUUCCUCUUUGACAGUGACUCCGGAGCACAUGGAGCAGGCAGCUGCUGGAAAUGGCCCUGAUUUCCACUGGCUCAGACACUUAGACUUAGGUGCUGCACCUGAUGACUGCCCUUUCCUGAGAGAUCUUAACUCCAAGGAGGAUUCACCCUCACUGGGUAACAGUCCAUCCAGAGAUACAAGCGGAGAGAGUCCAUUUGUGUCUCCUAUAAAUUCUGGUGACAAUUCUGAAUGCGAGCAUGAGGCCGACUCUGUGGUUAGCAGUGAGCAAGCAUGUGAGGUGGACUUGCCGUUCCCCGUCGAGCAGAUCUCGAGCAUGAGCAGGCGAGCUUUCCUGCAGCUUCUGAAAGAGCAGAGACUCACACCUGAACAGCUGGAAUUUGUGCAAGAUGUUCGGCGGCGAAGCAAAAACCGCAUGGCUGCACAGCGUAGCCGGAAGAGAAAGCUAGACUUAAUCUCUAAACUUGAGGGAGAGAUCAAAAAACUGAGGCUUCAGAAGGAGAAGUUGCUGAAAGAACAUAACCAGCUGAAGCAGAGUAUGGAGGAGACACAGCAGUCUCUCUCAGGUCUGUGUGAGAGUGUGUGUACUAAAUCCUCUAUGCUGCCGGAGCAGCUGCAUGUCUUAGCCAGGUAUCUGUCCCCAGACUCGCCCAGCUCGGUGCUCCUCACACCCACUGCCUCCCCAAACCUGCCCUGCCUCGAGGCCUGGGGCAGUGAACCAACUCAGCCUGAAGUGAGCAGUGAGCCAGCUCAAGCUAAUGGAACAGCUAAUGAUGAUAAUAAUGAUAAUAAUAAUAAUAAUAAUAAUAAUAAUAAUAAUAAUUUGGGCACUUUUCCUAAGCCCGGUGAUUGUUCACAAACAUAAUCAUGAAAAUUAAAUAAUACAAGCAGCUCAAUACAAGCAAAUACAGUAUAGGUCACAGGCACACUUACGUUUUAAAGCUGACUCAUGUAUCAAAACUUUGUGUAUAUAAUUUUCACAUUUUCAGUAUUUAGUUUUUUAAUGAUUGAGCUGAUCAUGAGGAAAAACAGGCUGGAAAGCAGCCAGUUAUGGUUUAUGAUUUCUGUUGGUGUAAACCUAACUGCCAGUUUUAUGUAGUGAAGUUCUUAACAAAACAACAGUGAGCAAAAAGCAUUAAAUGAAAUCCAAUAUCACAGGGGUCGCCAGCUUGUGAGCUGAGGUCAGGAUGUGGAUCCAGAAAAGUAUUACAGUGGAUCAAACCGAGCACUGGGGGGGGUGGGGGGUGGGGGGGGGAAGGAAGGAGUUUCAACAGAAUUGCACUGAAUGUGAAACAAAACAUAACCACUUCGAAUUGACGUAUCUUAUUUAUAUUUGUAAACAAAUCAUUAAUGAUUAAUUAUUAAAAAGCAGUUAUUAUAACCAUUCAGUUGUUAGUCACUGUGCUCUGUAAACAAAGAAGUUUAGUCGAAUUCCCCUUCCUUAAAACACUUCCUUAAAACGGUGCUGUGUGUGGAAGAAUAGAACUCAAAACAUAAUUUCCUAGGGACUGCUUUUCCGACUUUUGUAUGCAGUACUAGGAAAAGCUUCUGUGAAGAAUUGUUUUGAAAUUUCUUAUUUAUCCGCACAGCUGUGCAGACUUUUUCGCAGAAGCGGCUAUUUCACAGCAGAUGAAGGGUCUCACUAAACCAAACGUUCCUGUGUAAGUUACUCAGGAUAGCCAGGAUUAUUCAGAUUCUGUGGAGGUAGAUAUCAACUCAGGCUUAAGCUGCAUAUGUUCACUGAUCACAGGUAAAUAAAAUCAGCAGUGUAAUAACAACAAUAUACACUGUGCCUCAACAUGCGAAACAAAUUAAGCACAUUUGUUGAAAUGUGUAAAAUAAUUCUUUUUAAAUGAUUAUUUGAUUAAUGAUUAUUAAUGAGUAUUUCUUUACAUUGUCAGUAGAUUCCUGUUUGACGUUCUAUGUAGUCUUUGAUGAUAGUGGAUCGUAAUAGGAAAAAUAAUCAUAACUCCCCUGGUUAUAGUUCUCAGACAUCUCUUUGAGAGCCAUGGAGUUGAAGGACGAAAUUGCUUUUGCACUGUUUUUACCUGCAUUUGGUGGCAUUCUGCACAACUGAGAGUCAUUCAUUUAUUGUAAUUGUUCUAAUAUAACUUGAUAAGAAAAUACCUUAAUAGCACACAUAUUAGUAAACCAGCCACUGUUGUUUUGACAUUUUGCUUGUAUUUGACUGGAUAAGAAGCAGACUGCUUGUUCUCUCACAUAUGAUACUCCACAACAUUGGUACAAGUUUGUUUUGGAGAGUGACUUCAGCCUCAGUUGUGAUAUUAAGUGUUAAAUCUAAGAGUCUAACUCUUAUUAAGAGUCUAACUUUACCCCCAAAAUCCAAAAUUUUGUGCGUAUAUAUAUAUAUAUAUAUAUAUAUAUAUAUAUAUAUAUAUAUAUAUAUAUAUAUAUAUAUAUAUGUGUAUGUGUGUGUGUGUGUGUGUUUAAUUCCUUUCAUUUAAAAGUACGUAGCUGGAAUGGAAUAAUAAUAACGUUCUGAACCUUACUGCCAGGGUGUAUACAGUGUAGAUCUUAUCAAAACUUUCAUGACUUUUCAUGACAUCAGCAUUUCAUGACUGAAAAAGGAAGAUUAAAUGAAAUCCCAUAUUAUCAAAAAGCUGCCUUCUGUAACAGAAUUGUAACAGUUUCAUAUGAAUUUCCUUCUGUGUGCAAUAAUAGGACAUCUGUCAUGACUAAUAAUGACCAUAAGAUUAAUUCCAUCCUCACAAAUUUAGUUUGUCUUUUUUCCCUUUAACUGAAAAGAAAGUAAUCUUUAAUGAUCACUGCCACUGUACUAAAUUCACCUAUGAUUUAAAUUUAAGCCAUUAUGUCCUAAUACUCUAGUGGUCCAACCUGUAGUUUUCACUCAGGAGUAAAUGUUUUGGUUGUGUAAUUCUGAGUAUAAUUCUUUUUUUUACUUUAGUUCUUUCUUUACUUUUUCAUAAUGUUUAUGAAUAAAUGUAUAGAACUAAAUUUGCACUGUUACUAAACAUUUCAAAUAAAAUUUUAGCAUGGCUUAAUAACCGAUAUUUGUAUUAUUCCUGUUGCGAGAUGUGCAUGAGCCAAAUAUUAUUCAGAGGAAAGGAUUCUUAAUUAUCUAAGAGUCUGCUUUACAAUUUAGGAAUCUUAGUGUUCUCAGCACAUUCACCUUAUGCACUUUGUUAUACUGUACAGUAAUUACAUUAAUUUUAAUUAUGCUUGAAUUUUGAUUGUCAUAAUGUCAUGCAUCCAUUCAAAUGUAGCACAAUAGUCUCAGCACUAAAAAGCAUAACAUGGUUACUAAAUGUAGUGCUCAUUUGUGCCGAUAUACUCAUUAACAGAGGGAUUUGUUACAGGUUGUGAACUAACUGCCAUGUAUGAUUAUAUGCUUAUGAGCGAGCAGUUUGUAAAUGGCUUGUACUCAAUAAAAUCAAACCUGUAAUACA